AUGACUGAGUGCAUGCAGGCGGCCUGCGCACAAUCGAUCCGCGAGCGUGAGGCCGAGAUGCACGGGCGAAUGUUGAUGAUGCAGGCGGACAUGCAACGCGAGCGGGAGCGGGGAGCAUUGGAAUUGCAAGCUUCCUUGCAAGCCGUGGGAGCGCGAGCACGAGUCGAGUUCCAGGAGUCCGAAGCUAGCGUGCAUGCUCGUCCCCAGGCCUUCGAGCACGGCAUCGUUGAGGCGGACCGUGCGCAGUCCAGAAUCGCUGUCCGGCAGAAACACAAUUCGAUGCAGGCCGGUCUUCAGGAUUCCUUGGCCGCGUACGGGGGCCACUUCGAGGAGCAGCUGGCGCACGAACGUAGGCGAUCGGAGGAGUACGAGGUGGCACUAGAUUAG